AGGUAGGCUCCUCGUCGUCCGUAACCUCUUCGCUCCGCUCCGCGCCGCUCGUUUCGGCUCCGACCGUGCGGCGUCCGUUUCGUUCGUUUUUGCCGCCCUUUCUCGCUCGACGAGUUAUCUCGUCCCGCGCCGCGCCGCCUCGAACGUCGUUCCCGCGCUUCUCUUCUUUGUUCGCCAUGACGAACAACCGAUCGAGGACGAUCCUGGAUACGCGAUCCUCGCCACUCCUUCGCUCUCACACGUGAUUUCAUCUUCAUGGAGAAACACCGUGUUUUCAACCUGAGAGUGUUUCGCUGAAAAGACUUCGUUUCGUACCUGAUAUCACCUUUCAAAGGUAGUUCAAGGUUCUCAAGGUUCACAGUUCUUGAUUCUGGUGUGAAGUGUCAGUGUUUGGACGAAGUGUCGAAUCUGAACUGUUACCUCGAAGAGUGAUCACCUAGUGCAUAUCUAACCUACAAGGUAUUUUAGCGUUUGUAAGAGAGACUUUCUAAAGUCUGACAAAUAGUGUCUCGAACUUGAAGUGCUUACCUAGUGCAUAUCCGACCUAUACGUUUCAAAGAUUUAUAAAAUAUGUGUCACCGUACUAUUUAAAAUAUCGUCGUUUAGAGUAAAAACAAUUUCAAAUUUAUCGUUCACGACCAAUAACACAACGUUCGGAACGUAAACAAGGAGCAUAAGUACGUUCAAAAACAGGGACAUAAAUGUUAAAACCAGGAACGUACAGAGUCAGGAACAUAGUUCAGAAUCAAGAACAUACAGUAAAGAACGUACAGUAAAAAACGAGAACAGAAACGUUCGAGGACCGAAACAUCGUGGUGACUUGUGACCAACGUUCGGGUUGACCUCAGCAAGUGUCCGUAAAUAUCCGUGACUCGUGUUCUGUGUCUGAAUGGACGUGGAAGAAGAAAGAGGCUUGUGAGCGUGUUUCCUGCAAGAACGCGUGAUGACGAACUUGAGGAGACUCCACUGGACCCUGGUCGCGCUGCUGGCAACCAUAGCAGCGGCACAGGGGCGCGUGGAGGAGACGCAGAUGGACACGCACGAAGGGUCGACGGUGCAGCUGCAGUGUCGGUUCUCCCCGCCUCGAGAAAACGUCACGUGUUUCUGGUUGACGCACACGAACAACAACCACGACAACGCGGCGAUCGACAACCUGGCCCUGUCGCCACAGUACAAAGUGUUCAUGAACCUGGAGGAGGGCAGGUACGACCUGCAGAUACGCAACGUCUCGUACGAGAGGGACAACGGGAAAUACGAGUGCCGAGUGAAGGCCAGCGGCACCGGAUACGACUUGCACCGGAAGUUCAUCACGCUGACGGUGCUGCGAGCCCCAGGGCCACCGACUAUCUCGCCAACUUCGGCGUCCGCCACCGAGGGCCAGAAGUUAGAGUUGCAGUGCGACACGAACGGCGGUAGCCCGGAGCCGGAAGUGAGAUGGUACCGGGGCAACGAGACCAGCAUCCUCCACUCUGGCAGGACUUUGCUGGUGGAGCCAAAGAAGGAGGACGACAAAGCCACGUUCCGAUGCGUCGUGAGGAACCGAGCGAUGCGAGAGGGUGAAACUCUGAACGCCACGGUGACCCUCGACGUCAACUAUUUCCCCAGGGUCAGCGUCGGUCCGGAGAACCCUUUGAAGGUCGAGGUGAACGGAACGGCGAACCUGGAGUGUCGGGUCGAUUCGAAGCCCACCGUGGGCAUGAUAAGAUGGUGGAGGGACGGCAGCUUCGUAGCGACCACCUUCGAGCACACCAUUCGUAGGGUGACCGUUCAAGACGCGGGUAAAUACACCUGCCAGGCGGACAACGGGCUAGGAAAAAGAGGAGAGAGUUCCUUGAUAUUGGACGUACUGUAUCCACCCACAGUCUCGAUAGAAGGCGACUCCUUGAGGAUCGCGGAAGUGGAGGACACAGUUACGGUGCAUUGCAACGUGACCGCGAAUCCUCCGCCGACCGUGAUCGAAUGGCUGCGCGAUGGCCGGCCGGACUUCCGACAACUGGGCUCCAUUUUACGACUGAGUCGCGUCACCGCCGAUCACGCCGGAAAUUACACCUGUCGAGCGGUGAACACGAUAUAUCCCUCCGGUGGCGAGAGAAGAAAUUACUCGGCGACGGCGAGGUUGACCGUUCGGGUGCGACACAAACCUGGUCCAGCUAGGGUCACGCCGGACUCGCCCGUCGCCGUGGAGGGAUCCAGGGUUAUUUUGACCUGCAUGGCCAGCCCGGCCGGAUACCCGGAGCCUCGGUACAAGUGGUGGAAAGAAGGAGAGUCUGGGAUCAUAUCGAUGCCCUCGGAAAACACCGGACCCAGAUACGAGAUCGACUCGGUGCACCUGGGCAGCGAGGGUACUUACAAGUGCCAUGCUACCAACGAGAUCGGCAACGGAGAGCCUGCCUCCGUUAAUCUGACCGUGCAUCAACCACCCAAGAUACUUACAAAGUUGCAGCCACACGUUACUAGGAAAGUCGGCGAGUCCUCGUUUCAAGUGUCCUGCGUGGCGCAGGGUAAACCGCGACCCAGCGUGAGAUGGUUGAAGGACGAUCAAGAGCUCACCGCCGACGAAAGACUGUACAAAGUGACGACCAGUGCCUCCGAGGGACACGGUAACGUUAUCACCGUAAACUCAACUCUAAGCUUCCUGGGUCACGCGAGACCGCAGACCGACGAGAUCGUGGCAAGCGAUCGCGGCAAGUAUACCUGCGUGUUCGUUAACGAGGUGAAAAAGGUCGAGUCGACGAUGAUGCUGAAGGUGGAACACGAGCCGAUCGCGUUGCACCAGCACGGAAAGGUCGCGUACAAUCUAAGGGAAACCGCCGAGGUAGUCUGCAAAGUUCAAGCGUGGCCCAAGCCCGAAUUUCAAUGGAGUUUCGGUACGAACGCCGCGAGUCUUCAAGGUUCCUCCAGCGACGGCCAUUACGAGAUCUCCACGAGCAGCGACAAUUACGACGUGUACACCUCCGUGCUGAGGAUAACGAACAUUCGCGAGCAAGACUACGGCGACUACAGCUGCAGGGCAGCCAACGCUCAAGGCAGCAUCACAUCGACCAUCAGGCUGCAACCUAAAGGCGCUCCAGAAAGACCCAUCAACAUCACCGCGAUGGACGUGGGUCCAACGCACGUGGCUCUGCUCUGGGAGCUCGGUUUCGACGGUGGGCUUCCCAUCACCAAGUACUUCGUCUUUUACCGACGAGUACCCGGAGGAGACGAGAUCGUGGCCCCAGACUGCGCCGUGCCCAGACCACCCCCUGACAAGUGGCUGGAGUUGGACUGCCAACGGUCCAACCCCUGCAACGUAACCAAUCUCGAACAACACCAGACCUACACGUUCAGGGUGAAAGUAUACAACACGAACAGCCCCUCGAAUUAUUCGGAUGAGGUGACCGCCACCACGGCUGUCGCUAAGAUCCCGGCGCCGUUGAGGGCAAGCUACGACCCCGAGAGCGGGAUGCUGGCCAUCAGUGUCGGCGCCACUUGCCUCUCGCUGGUCGCCUCGAUCGAAAAGUUCGACGGACCACCCUCCUCCACCGACGAGUCCCUGUGGAGGAUCCUCGACGAGUGGCCACUCGAAGUACUCGGCAGCGCUCCCACGCAGCGGGAGGGCGUCCUGGACGACCUGGACGCACUCGAGGGCGAGCCCGAGAUCAGGGUCAGGCUGUGUCUGAAGGCGGACCGACAAAAGUGCGGCGAUUACGCCAAGGCUAAAAUCGGCCCAUCCUACAUCGCCCAAGCGGGCGCCCUCGCAACGCCCACCUUGAUCGCUCUGGUGGUCAGCGGAGCCGUCUUCUUGCUGUUCGCCGCGCUUCUGUUGCUCUUUUGUCGAUGUCGUCGAAAACACGCCACCAAGGCCAAGGACUACGAGAUGGACUCGAACGCAGUUCGACCGAGUCUCGUCGCCGGAAACGGUCAACAGAGCCAAGCACCUCCGCCUUACUACGCGGAGAACAAAGCCCUCGAGCACAGUUUGGAUCACGCUCUGGCUAUGGAGGACUCGAAAACACCGGCGUACUCGCAACCUGGAUACGGUUACCAUCAACCGAACCACAAUAUCAAUGGCGUCAACAUGGGUUACAUGGACAACAGUUACUCGAACUCCAAUAACGGAGGCUCGGUUAACUCGCAAGACUCUAUCUGGCAGAUGAAGUCAGCAGCCGCGAACGGUGUUGGCCAACCUUACGAUCUGGCUGGCUACGCAACCACCGAGUCGGAUUACCCGACCCACCCUCAUUACCUCCCACAGAGGGAGGAUUACCGGGAAAGCCAUAAUCUAAGUCGACAGCAGUUUUGCUCCGAACCAUUCGCCACUGUCGUAAAGUCUCAAAAACACGUCGAUUCGCCGUACGACGUGUCCGGUCUACCUUAUCAGGAGAACUACGACGAGGACGCGAAGCCACCUCAGCAGGUCAGCCUGUCGUACGACGAGAGCCUGGAAUCGGGCUACUCGACCCCGAACAGCCGUGGACGAAGGAUCAUCCGCGAGAUAAUCGUUUGAGAUCUACCUACCGGCUCGCGGGCCGGAACCACACGCACCACCUGGCUAUAGCAGGAGGCUCCCACCGGUUCUUAUCACCCGGUGGACCAUUCACGCGAUCCUCUCCGCCACAGGAUGGAGAUAGUGAUCGAGAACCCCGUGGAAUCGUCUUCACCGCCGCCUCCUCCUCCGCCGCCG